GGCUCUCUUAUCCUGGGUAUUCAUAAUAAUCCCGCGGUUUCUGGCUAAAUACAAACCAGUCAGACAUUGUUUGAGAAAAUCACACAGAAAAGUUUUACCAUCCAAGUGGUUUUACAUGAACAACAAAGAAUACGCAGAAAUCCUUCAAAAAGUAGUGGACACUCUUCAAUUAAAAGAAAGAAAGAAUGGGAAUUGAAAGAGAGUGUUACUUAGUCAGUCUAUUCACACGCUUAGACAUCCUUAUGGAUAAACACAAUAAAUCAUCUAAAGAGUUCACAGACAUGUCAAACCAUAUUAAAGUGAUCAAAAGACUGUCAGAGAUUAUUCUAAGAGGGGAUAACACAGAAAAAGUACCCUUCCUGCUUUCUAUUAUAAAUAGUCCAUUUUAGCACUAUACCCCACAAUAUAUAAAUAUCCCCUUUAAUACCCCCUUCAGAUACUCUUAAAUGGUCUAAAUUCAAUAAAUAUCCCGGAGUGUCUUAUACUAAGUCUACUCUUAUCCAAUAAAUUAUUACUUCUAAUGCCC